AUGGCGACAGCAGGGCAAGCUCGCCUGUCCAAAACUUUGGGUGCGCUCCUAGGGGUCCAUGCCGGCGACUCGCUCGGCGCAACGCUCGAGUUCAACUCAUGGCAGCAGAUCCAAACCCAUUAUCCGAAUGGCUUGCGCGAGAUUAUUGGCGGCGGAACCUUUGACUGGUCAGCCGGCCAUGCGACAGAUGAUACCGACUUGACGCGCGCUGUGCUACUGGCUUAUCACGAUCGCGCAAACUACAAGAUGCUCAAAAACCCCAGCAAAGAUUUUGACGUUGCUCGCUCUGCAGCAGACUGGUCAUUGGAUUGGUACGAAGGGGACUGGCCAGGACGAAAGAAGGGACAAGGACCCAUGGACAUUGGAAACGCGACCCGUAUCGGCUUGAUGCAGUACUCGGGUACACGCGAUCCCCGCACGUGCGGAGCAGGGCCUGGGAGUGCUGGAAACGGUAGCUUGAUGCGAUGCAUACCAACUGCUCUCUUUACUGAGUCCAGAGACGAAAGAAUCAAGGAGUCCAAGGCGAUCAGUGCUUUCACACAUAACGAUUUGCGUUGUACCAUCUCAUGCGCAACAUAUAACGAGAUUGUUGCCGCACUUCUGGAUGGAAAGAAGCCACAGUCAGCUGUGGACAUCGGCGUCGAAGUCGCUCGUGGGCAGAAUCGUCCUGAUGUUGAGGUCGCAAUUGAGCGCGGCAAGAAGCUCCCGCUCUCAAAGUUUGCAAGCGAAGGACCGGGUGGCGAGCUGCCAGACAACACUUCUGGAUACGUCCUCCAAAGUCUCACUGUCGCUAUCGCAGCACUUCUUGACCCACGUUCGUUCGAAGACGUCUUAGUGGAUGUGACGAGGAUAGGUGGAGACACUGAUACCAAUGGCGCUAUAGCAGGUGGUCUUCUAGGAGCAAGAGAUGGCAUAGAGGCUAUUCCGGAGCGAUGGUUGGAAAAGCUCCAGUUCAAGGCGGAAUUCGAAGAGUUAGCCAAGGAUGUACUGAGUCUCGGGAGCUCACCUACCAAAGGAUUGUCAUCGUCGUACAAGAAGCGCCACGGAAUCGCGUAA